UGAUUUCCGCUUCCGGGUGACGUGUUCUUGUGGCGCGCGCUUGAAGCUCGGCAGUUGCUAUGGAGCUGCUAGGGGAGUACAUAGGGCAGGACGGGCAACGGCUGCGGCUGCGGGUGUCUUGUGAGGCGCCGGACGACGGCAACCCUUUGCAGGGCCUGUUGUCGGGGGUGGUUCAGAUGAGGGAAAGGGUGGCCGAGCUCCUUGGUCCCCUGGUACAGCGGGAAGCGCAGGACCCGUUGGCUGCGGCUGGAGACGAGGCCUUGGACGGUGAUGAUGAAGAUGAUGCAGAAGAUGAAAAUAACAUUGAUAACAGAACUAACUCAGAUGGACCAUCUGCAAAACGGCCAAAACCACCGUCUUAACAAUAGCUUUUAUGAAAUUUAAACUGAAAGACUGCUACUGUCCUAAUUAUCACACCCUGACAUUUCAGGAAGACUUGUGCCCUAAUUUGGAAAAGCAUCUGUUUUGUUCUCCUGGGGGAGUUUUGUCAAAGAAAAAGCUUCUGUUUACAGCAAAGAUAUAAUAAAUGCUUAGAAAUAAAUCUUGAGUGAGAAAGAAAAUUUAGACUGUGGAAAUAAAAUAGCACCGUUGAAUUAAAUGUGUGAUGUCUAUAUCUUUUAACUUCUGCUUCUGUUAUAAAAAGUACAUAACAUUUCAAGAACUAACAUGAGCAAGUGGCAAAAGUUGGGUAUUAUAAAUGUAAGUGUGGUGGCUCUUUACACGGAGAAGGAAAAUUAGGGCAUAGAGAGAAAUACAGAAGAGAAAGAGCCCUUGAGAGAGAACCAAACCAAAAAAAAAAAAAAACAAAACCGUUGCCGUUGAGUCGAUUCUGACUCAUAGUGACGCUAUGGGAUAAAGUAGAACUACCCAGUAGGAUUUCCAAGGAGUAGCUGGUGGAUUCGAACUGCCGACAUUUUGGUUAGCAGCUGUAGCUCUUAACCACUGCACAAUUAGGACUCCUGAGAGAGCCCCAGACCAACCAACCAAACCCAUUACGUCAAGUCGAUUCUGUAGGACAGAGUAGAACUGCCCCAUAGAGUUUCCAAGGAGCGCCUGGUGGAUUUGAACUGCCGACCUUUCGGUUAGCAGCUGUAGCACUUAACCGCUACACCACCAGGCUUCCAAGGAAACCUUAAAUCCACACUCACACCCAAAAUGUAGACAUCUUACCAAUCAAUAAAUAUGUAUUAAUCACCUGGUUUAACUUGUGCCUUAAGGCCAGAUGGGAGGCCUUAAGUUAAUCUGUUGACUAGAGCCAUUUCCUUUCCUCUUGUAGCCAUACUUGCGUAACAGGACUAUUGAUUUCUUUUAAAAAUAGAUAUUCCUAAAAUAGUGUGUUCCUUUUCUACUUGUUAGUAGGACUAAGGCAUUUUGAUUUACUGUACAUCUUUCCUGAUUUAUUUAGAUUGCUAAAGUGCGAAUGAAUGCAAAGAUAUCAAGUAGCGUGUACCCUAAUGAAAUGCAAAGCCAUAGAAUUUUUCAAUUGGAAAUAACCUUAAAAAUUAUGGUUUACUUCAGAAAUAAACUGAAUCUCAGAAUAAGUAUUUGCCCUGAGUUACACAGCUAACCGUUGGCAGAGCUGAGUUACAUACAUAGCCUUUCGCCAUGUUUUUAAGCUGAUAAAAAGAGAAAUCAAAUUCCCUUGCUUUGUCUAGUAUCAGGACUUCAGCUCAGUUACUGAUUAUAAUAAUCUUUUAUCGGUAUAUGAUCCUUAAAAAAACUUAACCCUAUAGAAUUAAAAUAGAUCGUAUUUUUAAAUUGCUAGCAGAACUUUGCUCCCUGAGUAUUUUAUGCUUCCUUUGAUCAGUAAAUGUAUAAAGGAGAAAUGUCAAGAUAAUAUUGGUGCUUGUGGCCCAGUGUUUUGAGAUUCUGGGU